AUUACUACUUUCUUGAUUUCGUUGAAGUGUCAUUUUUGGGUGGUUCUCAAUAUGGUCCCAAUAAGUGUUGCAUAUCAGUGGAGUCUCAACGUGAUGGCGUAAAAGAGUUGACGGGACUGAGACAUGUAAAUAGUUUUUUUGUAUUAUUGUGUUGCGCUACACCGAUGUUGUAUAUUCUUCAUGAAAAGACGAGAUUUUAUAAAUUUCUGUGUGUUGGGUAA